CCGACUCGGAAUCGAUUUCAUCUGACUGCGAAGAAAGACGUAUGUACGUAAAUAGACCAUGGUCUGUCAUAUGUGUGUAUCGUGAGGUGAUAUCUUCCGGUGAUUUUAAUAUUAUCUUAUCUGCCAAAUUCUGAAGAGUGGGUGCUAGAAUACUCAAGUUUGGACCUGUCAUUCUCAGUAGGAACUUGACAUGCUAAACAACACGGUUACCGUCUGGUGGAGUAUAUGUUGAGUGACCGGCGAUAAUGCAAAAGAAGCACGGCUGGAAUGUCAAAAAAUGUCUGUAAUUUAUGGUAGCAUUUAUUUUUAGAAAGUCGUACCAAUAGAAAUCUGACAAACGGGAUAUAUAAGUGUUUAACGUGAGGUGGUCUUGUUAUUUUAGCAGCUUCGGUGAUUGAUUAAGUAUAUCUGUAUUUCACGGUACGUGAGCUGUCGGGACAAGUCGUGCAUACUUAAUUCGCCACAAUGUUCAGUUCGUUAAAGGUGAGAGCUAAAAUAACGGAGAGGGAUCCUGUGUUCAAAGUACGAUAUAUCGGAUGCACGGAAACGUUUGUGGCCACAGGGAAGGGCUGUACUAAUGGUCCUGUUCAGAAACUAUGGGAUAACGCUGGAGAGGAAAAAUCCCUGAAGCGAACUACAGUUCAGAUAAACACCAAUGGUAUACUCUUGGAGGAUAUGGAUGGAAAGGGUAAAGGUGCACAUGGCAGACUGUUCAGCAUAGAAAACAUAUCAUUCUGCAAUGCAGAUUGCAUUCUGAAUGAGCGGAUCUUCACGUGGAUUUGUAAAAAUGAAUCGUGCCCGAGUCUCAUCUGUCACGCUGUGUUGUGUAGCAGUAAAGAGAAGGCCAAGACCAUGGCACUUGUAUUGUCACGAGCAUUUCAGAUAGCUUACAAAGAGUGGCAAAUGAGCAAAACAAAAGUUACACGUGAGAACAGAAGAAAACAAACAAAAGAUAUCGAAAAAGCUGCAGAAUCGUCCAUUCCUAUCAAGCAGUAUAGCAAUGUUCGUUUGACCAAAGCAAAUCACGCAACCGUUACAUCUACCGGCAGUACUACAAGUUUGAAUGGUUCCACCAGGAGGGACUCCGAAUGCCAAACUGACCAACCGGCCGUAAGUGAAUACAUAAACACUAACAAUGAUCCAAUAUAUGAUGUUCCAAAUGAACUUGCUAACAAAUCUGAUUCAACAGAAUCAAAUGGCCCCUUUUCCGGAAGUACUGUCAUAUUGGAUUCAGACACUGAAAACGAACUUUCGAAAAGCGUUUCCAUGCAGGCAUUUAUUGACGGAGAUGAAUCAGAUUCUUUAUCUUGUGGAAGUAAAUGGAAGAGGAAUUACAUGUGUUAGUCACGUUUAUCAAAAUAUGUCUCAAGUCAAAUGUAUAUAUAUAAUUACUAUAACUUCACUAAGGCCUCUAUUAUUCAAGUUAUUCAUGGAAAUAUUGUGAGUAUAAUCAAUCAUAACGCACAAAAAAAACAUCCUUGUUUAAUUUUGUAACAUUACAUGAAAAUGUUGCAACGUUUUUACAAUUGCGGUUUCUGCGAGUUCGGCAAAAAUAUAACGAAUGUGUAUUAAACUUAUAUUGUAAAGUAAACACCCGCCGCAAGACCGCGAAAUGGUGUGAAAAUAUAAACCGCAAGUAAAUAUAAACAAGAAUCUUGGAAUGCUAUCAAUUAAAUAGACAAUUAUUUUAUUUUAAAAUAGAUUAUUCCUUAAAUAUUUUUUUUAAAGUAUCAGACCCCCUAUAUUAUAUACCUAAGUAUCAGACCCCCUAUAUCAUAUACCUAAGUAUCAGACCCCCUAUAUUAUAUACCUAUGUAUCAGACCCCCUAUAUUAUAUACAUAUGUAUCAGACCCCCUAUAUUAUAUACC